AUGUACGCUGUCUAUAUUCUGCCGGGUCUUCUGGCCGUCGCCUCGGCUUAUGUGACGACAUCAUCGAUGUCGAAUUUGCAGAAUGGAAAUUGUAGAAUACAGAAUGGUUACCUGUACGAUGGAUCCACAACUCGCCAGCUGACCUCCUCGGAGACGAUGCAAGUACAACAAUACCAGAGCGGCAUGGGCAUGAGCAACACCGGCUACGGCUCGUCCUACAACUCGGGCUACGGUAACACCGGCUACAACGCCUACGGAUCCAGCUACCCCUCGUCCAGCACAUCGAGCUACGGAUACGGUAACACUGGAUACGGUAACACCGGAUACAACACUGGCUACGGCAGCAACGGCUACAACACCGGAUACGGCAGCAAUGGAUACGGCAGCAGCUCGUAUGGAACUGGCUACGGUACCGGAAGCGGAUAUGGCAGCAACUCGUACGGUACCGGAUACAACUCUGGGUACGGUUCCGGCACUGGGUACAACAGCGGAAUGGGAACUUCUUACACUGGAUCCACUGCGAACGGCUACAACACGAUGUACGGCAGCAGCUCGAUGGCCAACAUGCCGUGCCUGUGCACGUACGCCACCUGCGCCACUCGCUCU